AUGCGAAGAUCCCGUGUGAAAAUCAACGGAAGAACGGCGCUGAUCACAGGCGGAGCAAGUGGAAUUGGUCUGGCAACGGCUAAAUUAUUUGCGGAGACCGGAAUGAACGUGGUGAUUUGGGAUAAAAACAUGGACAAUCUGCAGAAGACCAAGGAUGAAGUACUAAAGCAUAUGAAGAAAGGAUUUUUGUUCAUGCAACAGCACGUCGAUGUCUCCUCAAAGCAGCAGAUUGAGACCGCUCACAGCGAACUGAGCAAGACGCUGUCCGACUGCGGCAUAAGCCCUGUCUCGAUCAUCGUAAACAACGCAGGUAGUGGAGCGAGUGAAUGUGUGUGA